GCGGGCACUUCCGGGUCGCGUUGUCUGCGUGCUGGGUGAAAGUACAUUUGUACGUCCAGUCCAGUAAUAUACAUGUUGCGACAUAACUACUUAUCAUCCAUUCGUUUAGCGCUCACACUUUUUGACUUCCCAGUCUACACUUCCGGAUUCAGGUCAGCCAUCUCUUGUUUAGAUGGUCAACCCCUGAGAGCCACUCCAUCGACAAGUCGUCCCUUCUCAAAGACCUGUGUCCCAACGAUGAAGGCUUCAGUAUCGCCACACAUGAAGUCCAGAUGCCCGGAGUACCCGGGCUCCCAAAUCAAGCGCUUCCCAGUGAGUGAUGCUCAGGUGGACUGGAGUCAUAGUGUCCAGGGCUACGAGCCUGUUCACUUCACCCACCCUGCCGUGGCAAAGAAGCCAGCAUGGGCAGAUCCUGAGAUUGGCUCUUUCUGCCCGCAGUUCAACACUGUGGACGGUGCUGUGGACAGAAGAAGCUUUGAGGGCAGAUACAAAGUGGAAGAUGGAAAGCCACUAAAUCCUCAUGGCCGCACAGGGCUGAGUGGUAGAGGUCUACUGGGGAGAUGGGGGCCCAACCAUGCUGCAGAUCCUAUUGUUACAAGGUGGAAAGUAGACGCUCAAGGAGAGAAGAUCCAUCACCUGGUCUCCAAAAAGCCUAUCUUGCAAUUUGUGUCCAUCAAGAGAAAAGAUUGCGGGGAGUGGGCCAUUCCAGGGGGCAUGGUGGAUCCUGGGGAGCAGAUUUCUCUCACACUUCAGCGGGAGUUCUCAGAAGAGGCCUUGAAUUCGCUAGCAGUGCCGCCCUCAGAGAGGGAGAACAUACGCCAGCGCAUUAACCGACUCUUCCAAUCAGGAGGUUUCCAGGUCUUUGAAGGCUACGUGGACGACCCCAGAAACACAGACAAUGCUUGGAUGGAGACGGUCGCUAUCAACUUUCACGAUGAAAACGGCAACUGCGUGAGCGAACUGCCGCUGCAAGCUGGUGAUGACGCGGGCCAAGUCCAGUGGGUCGACGUGGACUCAUCCUUCCUACUCUACGCCAGUCAUUCUCAUCUGCUGCAGAUGGUUGUCACUGAGAGGAACGCCCACUGGUAGCACCAACACAAGGAAGACAUCUCAAAGUGUGUAGUCACUCAAUGCAAGAUAUAACUCUUACUUUAUUAGUAACUAACUCCUUCUUGACAUAUUAAAGUGUUUAUACUCACACAAUGCAAGAUAGAACUCUUACUUUAUUAAUAACCAGCUCCUUCUUGACAUCUAAAGUGGGUACUCACUCAAUGCAAGAUAUAUCUCUUCCUUUAUUCAUAACUAACUCCUUCUUGACAUCUUAAAGUGUUUAUACUCACUCAAUGCAAGAUAUAACCUACUUUAUUCAUAACUAACUCCUUAUUGACAUCUCAAAGUGUUUACUCACUCAAUGCAAGAUAUAACUCUUCCUUUAUUCAUAACUCACUCCUUAUUGACAUCUCAAAGUGUUUAUACUCACUCAAUGCAAGAUAUAACCUACUUUUUUCAUAACUAACUUCUUAUUGACAUCUCAAAGUGUGUACUGAUUCAAUGCAAGAUAUAACUCUUCCUUUAUUAAUAACUCACUCCUUAUUGACAUCUUAAAGUGUGUACUCACUCAAUGCAAGAUAUAAUUAUUCCAUUAUUAAUAACUAACUCCUUAUUGACAUCUUAAAGUAUUUAUACUGACAAAUGCAAGAUAUAACUCUUCCUUGAUUCAUAACUAACUCAUUGACAUCUUAAAUUGUGUAUACUCACACAAUGCAAGAUAUAACUCUUCCGUUAUUCAUAACUAACUCCUUGACAUUUUAAAGUGUGUAUACUCACACAAUAAAAAAGAUAUAACUCUUCCUUUAUUCAUCACUAACUCCUUAUUGAUAUCUUA